UUAUUCUUUUCUUCUUUCUUCAGUCAGUCAGUCUUCAGUUUCAGUCAACAAUAGUCAGAUUUUGAUCUGUGUGUUCGAAUGCUCCCGACCAAAAGUUACGAUUUGACGAAUCAAGCUUAAUCAAAUCAACUGAAUUGUGUUUUUGUACCUUUAAUUAUUUAGUGCUCCAUUAGUGUUAAGUGUAUGUGUUGAAGCAAGUUUUAAACGAAUGGUAUUUUAUAACUGUGGUUUGUUUACCAGUCUAGUAUCCAGGUUUACCUGUCGUCUGUCCUGUUAUUGACAGACUUGUUGACUCUUUUUAAUCGAAUUGUUGAAUUAUUUCGAAAUUUUAAUUCGUUUGCUGCAAGAGUGGAUCUGUAUCAUUAUGAGAGUGAGGAACUGAAGCAUGAGUGAGAGAGAGAGGAUGGUGUGAGAGUGAGAGAGACGGAGAGUCCAACAUGGACGGGGAGGAGGACUACUCGGCCAACGCUGAGGAGAACACCACCAAGACACAGGACCAAAAUGACAUGACAUUCUGCAUCAACAGUUACCUGAAGGAUGCCAUGAAGAUAAUGAACAUGAUGAGGAGUCACUGUCUGUUGACUGAUAUUGUUCUUGAGGUUGGAACAGAAUCAUUCCAGGCUCACAAAGUCGUUCUUGCUGCAGCUAGUCCUUACUUUAAGGCCAUGUUCACCGGAGGUCUGAUGGAGUGUGGCAUGACCAAGGUGAAGCUGCAAGGAGUCUCCCCUACUGCCAUGGCCAAGAUCAUACUGUUCAUGUACACAGGGACGAUACGAGUCACCGAACUGACUGUCUGUCAGGUCCUUCCUGCCGCUACAAUGCUACAGGUAGCCAAUAUCGUAGAGGCUUGUUGUACGUUCUUAGAACGACAGCUGGACCCGACGAAUGCCAUCGGCAUCGCUGCCUUUGCUGAGCAACAUGGAUGUCGGGACUUGCUGUUCAAAGCCAACAGAUAUAUUGAGCAGCACUUUACCCAGAUCUGCCAGGAAGAGGAAUUUCUGCAGUUAUCACCCAUCCAGCUGAUAGAAUUGAUCAGGAAAGAUGAACUUAACGUGCAGGAAGAGAGGGAGGUGUACAAUGCUGUCAUCAAAUGGGUUAGGUACAAUGAGGACACCCGUAAGCCCAAGAUGGUGGCUGUGUUACGAGCUGUUCGAUGUCAGUUCCUCAGUCCUGCGUUUCUCCAAGAGCAGAUGAAAAGUUGCGACAUUGUUACCAAACUACCAGCGUGUCGCGAGUACCUCUCACAGAUAUUCACAGAUCUUACAUUACACAAGAGGAUAGGAGUGAAAGAGCGAACGCCAAACUCCCCCCGGAUUAUCUACGUUGCUGGUGGCUAUCUGAGGCAUUCCCUCGACACGUUUGAGGGCUUCAACAUUGACGACAACACGUGGACAUCCCUAGCCAAACUGCCAAUCCCUCGGUCCGGCCUAGGUGUGGCUUUCCUCAAGGGUGCGAUUUAUGCGGUAGGCGGACGAAACAAUUCCCCAGGCAGUAGUUACGACUCAGACUGGAUUGACCGGUAUGACCCGGUGAUGGACACGUGGAGACCUUGUACGGCCAUGUCUACACCUCGUAAUCGUGUGGGAGUGUGUGUCAUGGACGGACUGCUGUAUGCCUGCGGAGGCUCUACUGGGACAGACUGUCACAACAGUGCAGAGAGAUACGACCCGGACAGUGACACCUGGGUGAAGAUCAAGUCUAUGAAGCAGCAACGUAUCGGUGUAGGUGUGGCCGUCAUCAACAGGUUGUUGUAUGCUGUAGGAGGGUUCGAUGGAGCCAACAGGUUGCGCAGCGUCGAGUGCUACAACCCAGACAAAGACUCGUGGUCGUUUGUAGCCGAUAUGCACGAGUGCAAAAGUGGCGCAGGAGUGGCAGCGUUGGACCACCACAUCUACGUGGUGGGAGGCUACAACGGGUCUCAACAGCUGGACACAGUGGAGAGGUUUGACCCGGAGACCAACCAAUGGACGUUCUGUGCAGCAAUGAGCAUCGCAAGGAGCGCUCUCAGCCUGGCCGUCAUAGACAACAAGAUAUAUGCCAUCGGUGGUUACGACGGAAGAAAUUUCAUCUCUGUCGUAGAGAUCUACGACCCGACAACUGACUCGUGGACUCAAGGCACACCCAUGCCUAGUGGUCGGUCGGGUCACGCUGCGGCUGUGUGCUACCAACACCAGUGUCUGAUACCUUGCGAAGGACCUUCACUGCAGUGUGACCCCCACCCCCUACCCACACCCAGCACUAGCCGCGGGUCUCCCUCCUAGCAGCACGCUACGCCUCGGCGCACGGCCCGCAACAGGCAGUGAGUGGAGGACAUCAAACUGCGGCUGUGUGCUACCAACACCAGUGUUGGAUACCUUGCGAAGGACCUUCACUGCAGUGUGACCCCCACCCUCUCCCCACACCCAGCACUAGCCGCGGGUCUCCCUCCUAGCAGCACGCUACGCCUCGGCGCACGGCUCGCAACAGGCAGUGAAUGGAGGACAUCAAACUGCGGCUGUAUGCUACCAUCACCAUUGUUGGAUACCUUGCGAGGUACCUUCAAUCCAGUGCGAUCCCCACCCUCUCCCCACACCUAGCUAACCACUAGCUGCUUAGCAGCUAGCAGCGCACAGCUCGCAACAGGUUUAGCAGAGGACAUCGCGUUGUGUUGACGUGAAGGUUUCACAAGACUAUGGUUGUAAUUACAUUGCAAAUGAGCAAUCGUGUAAAUAUCACUUCCUAAACAAGCAUUCCAGAAAGUUGGAUCAAUCUGUUUAAGCUGUUUGAGCAUUUAUUGCACAAGUUAUCAUUAUAAUUGAUAUUUUUUGUAAUAUCAUAGUAGGGAUUUUUUGAAAUUCUCUUUAGAAACAAUUUAGUUGGGAACACUUUUUAUUCAACAAAACCGACAAUUUAAUAUCAGUCCACAGAGGCCUCACAAGAUUAUAAUAUUUUCAAGUUUUGUGUUAGGGCUAGGUUUUUUGCUCUCAUUUGUUGAUACCUAAAAGGAAAUAGUGAUGUGUUGAAUCUGAAUCUCAUGAAAAUAUUCAGAUUGGAGAUUUAACUAGGAUAUUAUUUUGUGUUCAACAACGUGAGUGUUAGUUCAAGGCAGUAAUCAUAUAGAAUCUUAAUCUGAUGAUGAUCAAGUCAACGAUUGUUUAAGGAAAAUUUGAUUUCUUAUGGGGGAUAAACAAUUUAGGGGGUUUUCAAUCUAAUUAGGUCAUGUUACCUUUUAAUUAACAAUUCGGCUUAAUGACCAUAAAAGGUAUCACUAUCUAUUGUUUUAACUUAAAUUUCAAUUCAGGAGGCAAAACAUAUGACUUUUAGGGUUGUUUUAAAAUAACUAAUUAAUUUUACAGUAGAUCGUAAAAAAAUAAUAUAUUGUAUUUUAAGUUGUACUUGGAUUUGUGAUUUUGGGCGUAUUUUAUUUAUUAUUCAGAUUUGGAUUCCAGUUUUGAAAUCCCAGAAUUUUACCAUUUCUAAAAGAAAUGUUAAUUAGGAAAAUGCAACAUCAUUUUUGUGAUUAGUAUGUAGGCCUACUUUUCAACAUUAUAUUAUUGAGUUACAAAUUGAGUAUGCUUACCUAGCUCCAUUUUGACUAAAAUAAAAAUAAUGUAUGCAUAGUGUAUUUAGAAAUACACAUUACUUGUGUAGCCAAAAACGCAUUUAAAGCUUUGUGAUACUCCUUGUUGUAAGAUAGCACAAACCACAUAGGACAACUUCUAUAUCUAAAUCUAUCAGGGUUAAGUGUGUAAUACUCCAAAAGUUUUAUGUGACUGCCUGUACUGAUGUGAUGCUUGAAAAUAGUUCUCAAAGUUGACUACAGAAGACUUUCUUAAUCACUGACUACUUAAUGGUUACUCAUGCUGUACUUUAUUGUAAUUAAUCAUUUUGGUAAAGAUUGCAAAAUCAGAUUUUUUUCAUCACCUCCCUGUGUACUCUACCUAGUUUUCCUGAUCUCUUGAAUUCUAAAAAAAUAUGAUUGUUUUUAUGAUCACUUCAUUCUUUAUUCUGUCAUCAUCUCUUUUUAGAAUGAUUGUCUUGAACUGUUUUCAUUUUAACCUUUUCAAACAAUAAACUGUUUUUUCCUUAUAUUUUUUCUAGUUAGAUGUACUUUGUUAAAACCAGUAGAAAAUAAACGUAAAAUACUAUUACGAAGCAAGAUUUUGUUACUGUGCCAAGCUUAAAAAUUACAUAUGAUAAAAGUUUCUGAAUGUUAACAGCAACAAGUUUUAUGCCAUGUGUUAGGUGAACGACUUAUUUUUUAAUGUACGUUUUGAUGUUAUCUACUGUGCAUAAAUGUUGACCUUUAAAAUAUAAGAAAAUCUUUCAUAUUAAUGUCAUGCCUUAAAAUUAUCAAAGCCUUUCUUCUAAGAGGACAAUUGUAUUGUUCUUGUAGGUUCAUCAUAGUAUGUUGUAUGUUUAUAUUCAAUGCAUUCCCUAACAACUUAUAAAUGCACUUUGAUGUUGUCAAUCCGUUUACUGGUGUUUCAGUGGUUAACGACCUUUUCACAAUUUUACUGCAAGACUGUAUUCUAUUACAUUAUCAAAGGAAAAAUGCUCAGCAGCACGGGCCAAAGUUCUUCACUCAAAUUUAGUUUUUCAUCAUACUGUUGGGAAAGCAGCUGUUUUUAGUUCUCAAAAUCGUCCGCAAAAUCAUAGUUUUUGGUAACUUCAAAUAGAGAACAGAAAAACAAAUGGUAAAUUUUUCGGUUCCCUAACCUAAAAAUUUUAUCAGUUAAUUAUGAAAAUUGCCUAUUAAUAUAUAGAUGCUUGCUUAUCACCAUAGACAUGAAUUAAUUGAUUAUAACAAUAUUUAAAGUUAUGUUUGUAAACAACAGAAAUUGUAAACAUUGAUGACAACUUAGUAUAACCUCAAAUUAUGUGGUCUAAUUUAGUAGCUAUUAGAAGGUUAUUUCCACAGUAUGAUGAAAAUAGUUGUUCAUCACAUGAAGCACAGGGUCUUUUUUAUACUUAUUCAUUCAUUCCACGAUUGCGUACCAAAAAGAAACCCUUUCGCUCCUAGUGAUGAAAACUACUAUUCUUUUAACUUUCUUGUUGCAUUUAGGUUUUUUAUUUAUCCAAAACGUUGAUAAUUAGAGUCAUUUUUGUACGCACUUAAAAUAAAAUACCAUACAGUUUGUGAAGCUGAAAUAGUAAAAUUUAUUCCUUCGACACUUAGGGAAAGGAAUGUAUCCAAAGCCUUUCUAAAAAUUUAUUUGAAUUCAAAAAAGUAAUAAAGUAAUUAAAAAGAAGUCAAUUGUUUGUUCAAAACGCCAAAUUGAUGGAUUAAUUUGGGGAUAAGACACGAGCUUUGGCGAGUGCCCUAAAAACUUUUACGAGUGUUGUAAAGGCUAGUUACAAGGAGCUGCUUACAUUACCAUACCUAUGACCGUUUCACUAAUACUAUCUGACAUUUUCAAAAUCUCUCAAUAAACUUUCCUGCACCGGUUGGUUAGCAAAUCGUUUAGUUCACCUAAGGUUAAGGAAAGAAUGUGUGUGUUUCCGGCAAAAGUCGGCAGAUCAACAGUUAAAUUGGUCAUUUCCAGCUGAUAAGUUGGCGUUUGAAGCAUUACAAUUUUACUUCUUUCCUCUCUAUUCUUGAACCUCAUUAGUCUGUUACUUUACCACACCAGUGCUGUAAAGUAAGGAAACAAUGUGGUGAAAUGAGUCUUUUUGAUUCUAAAAAUUUGAAGGCUAGUUUUAAAAACGGCCGUAGGUAAAAAUCUUUACCUCAUAGUUAAUUGAUUGUUGUCUUUCCAACAUUUUAUGUGGAAUAAAAGUCAUUCCCAUGUUAUUGAUAUUAUAGUUAUGUAUAUGUGUAUAUUUGUUUACAUAUGUACAGUAUUUGUUAAAAUAAUAUUUUCCUCUAAAGUUAUAUUUGUAAUACUGUUUAUAUGUAAAAUUGUGGUUAUUAUGUACAUUGAGAUCUAUUUAUAUUUCUUAAAUGACCAUCUCUUUUAUUUGUUUUUGUGAUAUAAAAAUAAGUUAUUUUGAA